AUGCCUACCAACACCACCACCACCACCACCACUGCAGCGGGGCCAGAACCCAUUGCCAUCGUGGGCAGUGCCUGCAGGUUCCCAGGAGGGGCAAGCUCGCCGGCAGCGCUAUGGGAGCUGCUGCAGCGUCCGCGCGAUGUGGGCACUGAUAUCCCAGAGGACCGGUUCGAUCUGAGGGGUUUCUAUCACCCCGACGGCAGCCAUCACGGCACCACCAACGUCCGGCAAGCGUACCUCCUCCAGGAGGACCUGCGGCAAUUUGACUCGACUUUUUUCGGCAUCAGCCCCAACGAGGCCGACUCAAUUGAUCCGCAGCACCGCCUACUCCUGGAGACCGUCUAUGAGGCGCUCGAGGCCGGCGGGCACCGCGUCGAGUCGCUGCGGGGCUCCGACACAGCGGUCUACACGGGCACAAUGAGCGUUGACUUCCUGGACAGCUUCACACGCGACCCCGAUGCCAUGCCCAGAUACCUUGCCACUGGCGUGAACCGCGCUAUCCUGUCGAACCGCGUCUCUUACUUCUUCGACUGGCAUGGCCCCAGUAUGACUAUUGAUACAGCCUGCUCCUCCAGCCUGGUCGCUCUCCACCAGGGCGUGCAUACCCUGCGACUGGGCGAGUCGCGUGUCGCUCUGGCCUGCGGCACCCAGGUUAUCCUGAACCCUGAGCCCUUCAUCAUGGAGAGCAAGCUGAGCAUGCUGUCACCCACCGGCCGCUCGCGCAUGUGGGAUGCUGAUGCCGACGGCUAUGCGCGUGGCGAGGGCGUGGCCGCAGUCGUCAUGAAGCGCCUGAGCGACGCUGUCGCCGAUGGGGACCAUAUCGAGUGCAUUAUCCGUGAGACGGGCUCCAACCAGGACGGCCACUCCAACGGCAUUACUGUCCCCAGCACCGAGGCGCAGGCCAGCCUCAUCCGCCAGACGUACGCCCGGGCCGGCUUAGACCCAGCACGCCGCCCCCAGGACCGCCCGCAGUUCUUUGAGGCCCACGGCACGGGCACCAAGGCCGGCGACCCCAGGGAGGCCGCCGCUAUUCACCAAGUAUUUGGCCCGCCUCAGGACGUCGUCAGCCGCUCCUCACCCUUGUCCACCACUGCCUCCGAGCCCCCUCUGUAUGUGGGAUCCAUCAAGACCGUCAUCGGCCAUCUCGAGGGUGCCGCUGGUCUCGCCGGCGUUCUCAAAGCGUCUGCUAUGGUCCAGGGAGGCGCCGUUCUCCCUAACCUGCUGUUUCACCGGCUGAACCCAGAUAUCGAGCCCUACUACCGCGGCUUGCAGGUGCCGACACAGCUGCUGCCCUGGCCCGAGCUGCCCGACGGUGUCCCCAGGCGUGUGAGCGUCAACAGCUUCGGCUUUGGCGGGAGCAAUGCCCAUGCCAUUGUCGAGCAAUACUGCAAUGCCUCCGACCCCGGCCCGCCCGCUGAGAGCACGAGCUCCCCGGACCCUGCUCACAUCCCAGUCACGCCAUUUGUUUUCUCAGCCCUGUCAGAGGCCUCUCUGGUAGCCCAGCUGCAGGCCUACUCUGAACACCUCGGCAGCCGCGACGAGAUAAACCCCCAUGACUUAGCCUGGACACUGCAAGCGCGCAGGAGCGAGUUUGCUACCAGAGCAGCCUUUUCUGCCGCCACGACCUCGCAGCUCAAGUCCAAGAUCGAUGCCAAGCUAGCAGAGCUAAGCAAGACGCCCGGUGCUGUUCUCGGCGUGCGAGCGAGGCCGGGAGCUGCUAGGCCCGGCGUGCUAGGCGUCUUCACAGGGCAAGGAGCCCAGUGGCCUGCUAUGGGGGCGCAGCUGAUCCGCUCUUCUGCGUUUGCGCGCGGGCGGGUGCAGGACCUGGAGGACGCCCUAGCUACUCUCCCGCCCGCAGACCGGCCAGCAUGGCGUCUCAGCGAAGAGAUGCUUGCCCAGGGCAACGCAUCGCGUGUCUCGGAGGCUGUCAUGUCGCAGCCGCUGUGCACUGCACUGCAGAUCCUCCUUGUUGAUCUCCUGCGCGAGGCAGGCCUCCGCUUCGCUGCUGUCGUAGGCCACUCUUCAGGCGAGAUCGCUGCGGCAUAUGCAGCUGGCUUCCUCUCAGCCCGCGACGCCAUCCGUAUCGCCUACUAUCGGGGUCAGAUUGUCCAGAAGGCGCAGCACGGCGCUAUGCUAGCUGUCGGGACCUCCUGGGAGGACGCAAACGACCUUGUGCGUCUGCGAGCGUUCCGCGGCCGCCUGGCUGUCGCAGCCCACAACUCCUCGGCCAGCGUAACUAUCUCUGGCGAUGCUGAUGCUGUCGUGCAUGCAAAGAAGAUCUUCGAUGAGGAGAAGAAGUUCGCAAGGCUGCUCAAGGUGGAGAAAGCCUAUCACUCCCACCACAUGCUGCCGUGUGGUGACGCCUAUAUGGACGCGCUUCGGGCGUGCGCCAUUGGUGCUGAGCCGCAUCAGCACGGCGGCGAUCCCUCCUGCGCCUGGUUCUCGAGCGUCGCCCCCAGCUCCAACCCUAUCAGAAGCACUGAGGGGUUGCAGGACAUAUACUGGAGAGAUAACCUGGCCAGCUCGGUGCUGUUUGCCGAGGCCAUCCAGAACGCCGUCACUAGCGAUGAGGACAUUAGCCUUGUUGUCGAGAUCGGUCCUCACCCAGCGUUGAAAGGCCCCGCUAUGCAGACUAUCUCUGAUGCGCGCUCUGAGCCCCUCCCGUACUGCGGUACGCUCAGCAGAGGGGCAGGCGAUAUCGAGGCUUUGUCGGAUACCCUAGGUUUCCUAUGGCAGCACCUAGGCUCGCGGUCCAUCGACUUCCAGUCCUUUAGCCAAGCCUUCUCAGGCAGCGGAUCAGCUAAGCCUCACCUGGUAGUCGGCCUGCCGUCCUACCAGUGGAACCACGGACGGUCUCACUGGAGCGAGCCACGCCGGUCACGUAGGAUCCGCAGCCGCAAGCAGGCCCCGCACGAGAUCCUGGGCACUCUGUCUCCUGACUCCAAUGCGCACGACAUGCGCUGGUCCAACGUGCUCAAGGCUUCCGAGAUCUCGUGGCUGAGCGGGCACAAGCUCCAGGGCCAGACUGUGUUUCCCGCCGCGGGCUACGUGGCCAUGGCGCUGGAGGCGUCCCGGGCUCUCGAGUCGGCCGCUGCGCCUGUCGAGCUCUUUGAGCUGCACGACCUGUCUAUUCCUAAGGCUAUCCCGUUCGACGAGGCAGACAGCAUGGGCGUCGAGACUCUUGUCGCGCUGACGGGGGUGCAGCACCACCAGGGGGCAGCCGCCACGGCGCACUUCUCUUGCUAUGCGCUGCCGAUAACUACUGCGGGCUCGGAUCGCGACAUGGACCUGAUUGCAACAGGCACUGUCAGGGUUGUGUUUGGAACCCCCAGUGCAGACGCCCUAUCCCCCCCGCCGCAGGAGGACCACAGCAUGUUCCCAGCAGAUGCCGACCGCUUUUACUCGUCUCUUGCCGACCUGGGCUACGGCUACUCGGGCCCCUUCCGAGCCCUACGCGACAUCAAGCGCAAGCUUAAUCACGCCACCGCCCUCAUCGACUCAUACCCUUAUACGGAUGCAGAUCUUUCUACAUACCUGGUCCACCCGUCCACGCUGGACACAGCGUUCCAGCUCGCCAUGGCAGCUUGUUCGGCCCCCGGCGACGGCCAGCUCUGGUCCCUGCAUGUACCGACAUCUAUCCAGAGCAUCCGCGUAAACCCGGCUGUCUGCGCCUCGAUGCCACUGGCAGGAGUCCCAGUGCCGGCUCGCACUGCAGUCGACGCUGCGCCCCAGUCCUUUACAGCUUCUAUCGACCUCCUGAGCGACGACCGCCAGAGCGUCAUGGUGCGGAUCGAGGACCUCGUCAUCAAGCCGUUUGCGCCCGCAACGAAGGCGGAUGACCGUGUCACCUUCACGUUCACCAAGUUUGACCUGGCUGCCCCUGACGGGUCGCUGGUUGUGGAGGGCGUUCGGCCCUCGGCGGACGAGGUCGAGACCUUUAGCGCCUGCGAGAGAAUCGCCUACUACUACCACCGCAAGUGGAGGUCGGAGAUCACCGACGCCGAGUGGGCAAACGGACCACCGCACCAGCUAUUGCUCCGGGACUGGGUCAACCACACCGUGUCCCGAGUCUCUGCAGGGCAGCACCCGGCCUUAAAGAAGGAGUGGUCAGAAGAUAGUGCCGAGGACAUCAAGGCCCUUGCUCGCCGGCACUGGGAACAUGUCGUCAUCCGGAUCAUCACGGCUGUCGGCGAGAAUAUGGCAGCCGCCGUUCGUGGGGAGACAACAAUCCUCGAGCACAUGACGGCCGAUAACAUGCUGACCGAGUACUACGAGAAGGGUGCUGGCAUCUCCACGUACCACUCCUUUCUGGGGAGCAUGGUGCGCCAACUGGCCCACCGGUACCCCCGCGCCAAGUUUAUCGAGAUUGGCGCCGGGACGGGCGGUGCGACAGGGCCGGUGCUCGAGGCCGCCGGCUCCACCAUGUCUUCCUACACGUACACAGACAUCUCGCCGGCUUUCUUUGAGCAGGCCGCCAAAUCGUUUGCAACAUAUAGCGAUAAGAUGGCCUACCGGGUCCUCGACAUUGAGAAAGCACCAGCUGCUCAGGGGUAUGAACCACACUCGUACGACAUCGUGAUUGCUUUCAACGUGCUGCAUGCGACGCACUCGCUGCAGGCCACGCUGGCUAAUACCCGGCAGCUUCUGAGGCCGGGCGGGUAUCUCAUUCUGAUGGAGUUCACCAACAAUGAUGCUAUCCGCGUCGGCACCACCAUGGCUGGACUGCCUGGCUGGUGGCUGGGUGCUGAUGACGGCCGUGUCUUCUCUCCAACUGUGACGACUCGCGAGUGGCAUUCUGCCCUGCGCAAGUCUGGGUUCGGAGGGGUGGAUACGGCAACGCCCGAGAUCGACGGCAUUACGUGGCCACUUUCUAUAAUAGUGGCACAAGCAGUAGACGACCGGGUGCAGUUUCUGCGCCGUCCCUUGUCCUCGCCUUCAUUGGCGCCUGCUCGCAUCGAGAGCCUCGUCAUCCUGGGCACCGGGACUCUGGUGAGCUCCCGCAUUGCUGAGGAACUUGCUGAGCUGCUGGAGGGCUUCUGCGACGAGGUCACCGUCCUGGACAGCCUUCCCACCAGGGAGGAGGCCCUCGCGCUGAGCCCUCUAAGCACCUUCAUCAACCUCGCAGACCUCGACACGCCCAUCUUCAGAGACAUGACCAAGGACAAGAUGGAAUGCCUGCAACGCAUGUUUGACCUGGCCAAGCAUGUCUUGUGGGUCACCCAUGGUGCUGUUGUGGACCAACCCUACCAUAUGGCGAGCAUCGUCUUCAGCCGCACCGUGCGCAGAGAGGAGCUGCACAUUAGCCUGAACCACCUCGACGUCUCUGACCCAGGCCGGCCCGACACAUCCAAAGCCAUAGCCGAGCACUUCCUUCAGUUGUACGCCCUCGAUGAGUGGGAGGCGGAUCGGCAGCUCCUCUGGUCCAAGGAACCCGAGGCGUUCCUCGACGCUGGCCAGCUCAAGCUGCCGCGGCUUGUGCCCGACCCUGGCCAGAACGCUCGAGUCAACGCCUCAAGGCGCACCGUCACCAAGACGCUUCCAGCAUCAAGCCCUAGCACGAAUGCCGAGAUUGUGCAGUCUCCUACAGGCUCGCCGCCUGAUGUGAUGGAGGUCGUUGUCCCCCCGGGCCGGGUGCAGGGUGCUGAGGGACACGGCCCCCUCGCCGGCGUCCACAGCUCGAGCCUCAUGGCGCUGGGUGUGGCCCCAGAUACCUUUCUCUUCCUCGCCGCACGUACUGCCGAUGAUGGGUCGGGAGCCUAUAUUCUCUCCCUCUCCGCCACCAACUCGUACAGGACAGCUCCGGUCGCCAGCUUCACCGUGCCUGUGGAUGCGCGCAGCAAAGAGACUAGUACGGACGGCCUGGUGGUGGCCACCGCGGCCGAGCUGAUUGUCGACUCGAUGCUGCAGAACGUAUCACAGGGGGCCCGGAUUCUGCUGAACUGCUCGCCUCAGGACGCUGUUCUCAUCUCGGCUCUGCGCUGCCGUGCCGCCUCAAAAGACGUCCAUCUGAUCUUGACCUGCGAUGUGGGGGCUGCCGCCGAGGAUGCGCACAGCAGGGACGUGACGCUGCUCGACCCGGGCGCUCGGGCAUCGCAGUAUCACAUGCGACGCGCCCUACACGUUGUGCGGCCCACGCUCUAUGUAGACCUAGCUCUCCUUGGCCUCGAAAUUGCUCGGGCCUUGCCCGCUGGGUGUAGGACCGUUGACGCGGCCGCCUUCUUCCAGCGCCAAUCAUCGUUGCCGAAGCUAUUGGACGGACCGGCCCUGUCGCAGCAGCUCGAGGCCGCCACUGCCCGCUCCCUAGCGGCGGUCGCGUCCUGGCGCGCAUUGCCGCCAGGCCUGGUGGUUUCGCUGCACCAGAUCCGGGACAUUUCCACGCCCCAUCAUGCCACAACUGCGGUCUGCUGGCCUCGGGACGGGCUCCUCGAGGCGCACGUACGCCCUCUGGACGCCCGCGCGCUCUUCUCGCCGAACAAGACGUAUCUCCUUGUCGGGCUAAGCGGACAGAUUGGCCAGUCCCUCUGCGAAUUUAUGGUGUCCAAUGGGGCAGGCUGCGUGUGCCUGACGAGCCGUCGCCCUCAUGUGGAUGAGAGGUGGCUUGCUUCGGUUAGGACGUCUGGCGCAGAGGUCAAGGUUCUCGCGAUGGACGUUACAGACCGGAGCAGCGCCGAAAGCGUGGUGAGCCAGAUCCGAGCUAGCUGCCCUCCGAUUGCCGGUGUAGCCCACGGGGCCAAUAUCCUCUCCGACGCGCUCUUCUCCAGGACAACUAUCGACGAGAUGACCCGGACUCUGCGGCCCAAGAUCGAUGGAGCUAACAAUCUCGACGAUAUCUUCCGCGAUGACGACCUCGACUUCUUUGUCCUCUUCUCCUCCGUCUCCUCCCUAGCAGGGAACAUUGGCCAGUCCGCCUAUGUCGCAGGCAAUGGCUACCUGAACGGGCUCGCUCGGCAGCGCCGCAAGCGCGGUCUAGCAGCGUCCGCUUUCGAUAUCGGGCGGGUGGUGGGCUUGGGCGUUAUCGAGACAGUAGAACAACACGUUGUGGACCAGCUCCUGGCUCUGGGGCUUCCGCCGUUGGGCGAGGCCGACCUGCAGCAGGCGUUUGCAGAGACCAUCCUAAUGGGUUAUCCUAACCCCGAGGACCAGCGAGGCGUUCCGCAUGCGGUGGUCACCACGACCGUCCGCCGCUUCAGCGAUGAUGAGGACGGUGAGGUCAAGGGCCCCUGGUUCAGUAGCCCUCUGUUCUCGCACCUGAUCACAGAGAGUGCUGGUAUCGGUCUUGGGCGCCAGUCGGACGAACAGGGACAGGCCUCAGCAUCAGCACUCCGCAUCAGCGAGCAGCUUUCCAGGGCGACAAGCAUGGAGCAGGCGGGUGCUGUCCUGCGCGAAUGCUUCUCCGCCAAGCUGCGAGUGAUUCUGCAGAUCCUGGAUGAGGAGGCCCUCGACCCUAGCGUGCCCGUCGUGGAGCUGGGGAUCGAUUCUCUUGUCGCUGUCGAGGUCCGCUCGUGGUUCCUGAAGGAGCUGAAGGUGGACGUCCCUGUACUCAAGGUUGUUGGCGGCGCCUCCAUCGCCGAGCUGUGCGAGGGCGUGCUCGAAAAGCUGCCGAGGGAGGCCCUCAGCAGCCUCGGAAAGGAAGAAGUCAAGCCAUCCGCCGCCCCAGCAGUAAAAGCCGCGCCCGCGCCCCUGCUGCCGCCUCCAGCUGGGGAGCUCUCUUCGGCGUCAGACCGCGACUCGACGCAGGGGGCAGGCUCAGAAUCCCUGCAUCAUGCCCCCAUCCCAUCUAGGACGUCGAUAGCGACCACCCCGUCCCCCUCUCGAUCUGUGUCGCCGCCAACGGCUGAGCUGAGCGCGAAGUCGAGGAGGUUCCUCAAGACUGUGCCCAUCUCGUUUGCGCAGUCCCGAUACUGGUUCCUCCACCAGCUGCUCCAAGACCCGAGGACUUCCAACGUGGCCGCCUGCUACCAUGUCCAGGGCAACCUGCGCAUCGCCGACCUAGAGAGGGCCACGCGAAUAGUGCUUGCCCGGCACGAGGCGCUGCGCACAUGCUUUGUGCAGGACGAUGCAGACGCUGCGCAUGCCUACCAGAGCAUCCUGCCGCGGUCGCCAAUACAGCUGAGAUGCGAAAAAGCUAGCAGCAUAGACGAGGUGAACGCCCGGUUUGCGAGGCUCAGGGAGCAUAACUUCGAUCUGGCCAGCGGCGAGCUGCUCCAGAUGGUGCUUAUAACGCUGUCACCGUCAUCUCACUAUCUGCUUGUGCAUCACCAUCAUAUUAUUAUGGAUGGGGUGAGCGUGCAGGUCUUUCUUGCUGACCUGGAAAAGGCUUAUAGCGGCCAGCCUCUGGGACCAGCGCCUCGCCAAUACCCUGAAUUUUCCGUUACCCAGCGACAGCAAUUCAGUGAGGGGACUAUGGCCCAAGAGCUGCAGUACUGGCGAGCAGUAUUCCCGGCUGGCGAGCAGCCGCCUGUUCUGCCCUUGCUUCCCAUGGCACGGACAAGGUCGCGGACGGUGAUGAAGCAGUUCGACACCCAUGAGGUCCAGUGCACGCUGGAGCCUGACGUAGCUGCGCUUAUCCGGCUUGCAGCAAAAAAGCAGGCAUCCACCCCAUUCCAUUUCUACUUAGCCGUCUUCGAAGCUAUGCUCUUCCGCCUUACCGACGCCCAGGAGCUUAUUAUUGGCAUGGCUGAUGCUGCUCGGAAUACCGGCGAUACGCAGAAUAGUAUCGGCUUUUUCCUCAAUCUGCUUGCUCUGAGAUUCCGCCGCCAGCUGGACCAGCGCUUUACUGAGGCUAUCAACAAUGCCCGGAAAACAUCCCAUGCUGCGCUCAAGAGCUCGCGCUUGCCAUUUGACGUGCUACUGACAGAGCUAGGCAUUGCCCGCUCCUCCUCGCACAGCCCUCUGUUCCAAGCCUUUAUCGACUACCGGCAGGGCAGCCAGGAGGGGAAGCAGCCCUGGGCUAAUUGUCAGCUGGUUAUGCUGGAGUCGACCUUAGGAAAGACGGCCUACGAUGUUACUCUAGAUGUGACGGAUAAUCCCGGGUCGCAUGCUCUUGUCACGAUGCGCGUUCAGAAAAGCCUUUAUGAUACGGCGGCAGCAGACCUGCUACUCGAGACUUAUGUUCAUCUCCUGCACGCCUUCGCUUCAGAUCAGUCUGUCCCGUCAGGCACUCCUCCCCUCUUUAGCCAAAACAUGCUCACUCGCGCAGUCGAGGUCGGGCGCGGACCCGUCCUGGUGUCAGAUUGGCCUGAGACGCUCCCCCAUCGCAUCGACCAAAUUGCUCAACAGUAUCCAGACCGCAUCGCCCUCAUAGACGGCCUGGGCGCCGCGCCGCUCACCUACUCAAGCAUGCUGAGCCGGAUCGAGGCAAUUGCUGAGGCGCUGCAGGAGGUCCAAGUUGGCCCUGGCGCUCGCGUCCUUGUUCUGCAGCAGGCAGCAGCCGAUUGGGUCUGCUCGAUGCUCGCCAUAAUGCGCGUUGGGGCUGUCUAUGUGCCUAUGGACCUGCGCAACCCCGCCACGCGCCUAGCUGCUGUGGCUGCAGACUGCAUGCCGGCGGCAAUCCUCGCUGACGCGACCACGGCCUCCGACGCGCCUCGGCUCAAUGCACCGCAGGCCACCAUAAUCAACAUAUCAACUGUGCCCUCUUCGCCUGCUGGAGAACGCCGUGUAACAAAGAACUGUGCCUCGGCAGCUGCACCCGCGGCCAUCCUCUAUACCAGCGGGUCAACAGGAACACCCAAAGGCAUUGUGGUUUCUCACGCUGGCCUCCGUAACGAGAUCGAGGGCUAUACCAAGACCUGGAAACUAGGAGCAGAGCGUGUGCUCCAGCAGAGCGCAUUUACUUUUGAUUUCGCCUCGGAUGAGUUGUACACGGGCCUCGUCAACGGCGGUCUUGUUUAUAUUGUGCCUGGGAGCGCGCGCAGUAGCCCCCUCGACAUCACCGAGAUAAUCUGGAAGCAGGGCAUUACAUACACCAGGGCAACCCCAUCUGAAUAUCUGCUCUGGCUGCAGUAUGGCGGAGAGAACCUGCGCCGGGCAUCCGAGUGGCGCUUUGCGUUUGCUGGCGGCGAGACCUUGACCACUACAGUUGCACAAGAGCUUGCUGCUCUCAACAACCCCCAGCUACGCUUCUUUAACUCUUAUGGGCCUGCUGAGACCUCCAUCUCGUCGUGUAAGAUCGAGGUGGAUUACCGCCGCGAGGCCAGCCUCGCCCGCAUUCCCUGCGGCUACUCGCUGCCCAACUACCAGACCUAUAUAGUAGAUGAGAAGCUGCAACCGCAGCCUGUGGGUAUGCCUGGAGAGAUAUGCAUCAGCGGCGCAGGCGUCUCGCUGGGCUAUCUCAACAACGAGCCGCUCAGCAACCGACACUUUAUCCCUAACCCAUUUGCGACGGCCGAGGAUCUAGCUCAGGGCUGGACGCGCAUGUAUCGCACAGGUGAUAUCGGCCACCUGGAGGCAGAUGGGGCCCUGGUCUUUCAUAGGCGUGUGGAUGGCGACACGCAGGUCAAGAUACGAGGUAUUCGCGUCGACCUGGCCGAUAUCGAAAGCAACAUUAUCGCAGCCGGGAAGGGGGCGCUAAGGGAAGCUGUGGUGACGCUGCGCGAGGGCGAUCUCUUGGUGGCCUACGUCGUCUUUGCUCCCGGGCAACAUACAGCCUCGGACCAGUCUGAGGCCUUCCUCGACCGCCUGCUCAGCCAGCUGCCACUCCCCCAGUACAUGGUGCCUGUGGUGGCUUUCCCGGUGGACAGGCUUCCCCUCACCAGCCACGCCAAGGUGGACCGCAAGGCCGUCCAGAACAUGCCCCUCCUGCACCGCAAGACGAAAGCUACAAACCGGCAUGAUGACAGCAGUCUGACGGAGACCAUGGCACAGCUCAAGGACAUCUGGCAGGACGUCAUAGGGCCCAGAAUCCACGAGCUUGGCCUGGACAUUGGGCCUUUGACCAACUUUUUCUUCGUCGGCGGCAACUCUCUCCUGGUGAUCCGGCUACAAUCGCGCAUCCAGCAGGUCUUCCACAUUGCCGUUCCCCUUGUCAAGCUGCUUGGCGCCAACACGCUGGCAGAGAUGGCUGCCACGAUCGAGGAGGCCGUCAGCGUCACCCUCACCAUCGACUGGGACAAGGAGACUGCCCUUCCGAGGCUCCCUGCGUUCCUGGCAGACAUCAGUGCAAGCCCACUAGACUACCAGCAACACGCCAAAACAGUGCUCGUCACGGGGGGCACUGGCUUUCUUGCGCGUCACCUCGUCCCCAUGCUCGCUGCAAGCCCGGAUAUCUCAACGAUCCACUGCCUUGCUGUGCGAGAGGAGCGCCCCGACAGGCCGCGCAGCCUGCCUGACUCCAAUAAGAUCACCUGGCACCGGGGAGACCUCACAAUGCCGCUGCUUGGGCUCGAACAGGACAUGUUCCGCUCCCUUGCCGCCCAAGCCGAUGUCAUAGUCCACCUCGGUGCCGCCCGUUCCAUCUGGGAUAGUUACCACACCCUACGCGCCAGCAACGUUCACCCCACCCAGGAACUGGUCAAACUGGCGGCUCCGCGCCGUAUCCCUAUCUACUUUAUCUCUACCAUCGCCGCGGCGGCCAACUCUGCCGCUACUGCCAGCAUUGCCGCCCCGUCUCCCACUCCGUCGACCGACGGCGCCGACGGUUACGUUGCUACCAAGUGGGCCAGCGAGCGCAUUCUCGCGCGCGCCGCGGAUACCCUUGGCAUCCCCUGCACCGUCUACCGCUUCCUUCCCGCGAGCAAGCCCAAACCGGCGCCCAAAAGGCUCAUGGAUGAACUGGCCCGCUUCGUGGACGUCUUGGGCUGUGUACCCGACCCGAGUGGGUGGGCCGGCCGCUUGUACAUGAUUCCGGCUGACGAGGUUGCACAGAGGCUGUGUGCAGCGGUUGCAUCUGGCUCCAACAAGGAAAGGGGGGCAAAGGCAGAGCAAUACCAGUGUGAUGUCACGCUCACGGGCGACGAGAUCAUUACGCACUUAUGCAAGCAGAGCGGGAACGAGAGCCGCGAGCAGAUCCCCAUGCUCAAGUGGUUCGGGCGCAUCAAGAAGCUUGGCUUUGACUACUUUAUAGCGUCGCACGAGGCCACCGUCGGCGGAAGCGUGGGUGAAGGAGGCUUGGGUUCAAGGAGGUAA